UAAAGACUAAUCAUAUUUAUGCACUGCUCACUCUCUUUUUUGACUGUAAAAUCUUUAUUCCAAAAAAAAUAAUAAUAAUAAAAACUCAAAUACUAUUAUACCAUCAAAAGCUCAAGAUUGGUUUGUUGUGUACACAAACAAAACCUACCGCCACAACCAAAAUCUAGUUUUUCUUUUUUCCCACAAAAAUCCAUGGAAGAAAAAGAGAAGAAGAAGAAGAAGAUCAACAACCAAAACAAGAAGCAAAAACACCAGCACCCAAAUGACCAGACCACAAAAACUUCAGAUUUCUCUUUCAAACCCAGCUCUGAUGUAAAAGGUAUUCGUUUCGGCGGCCAAUUCAUUGUUAAAUCCUUCACGAUCCGUCGUGCUAGGCCUUUAGAACUCCUCCAACUCCUUUCUUUCCCACCCACAACAAGUACCACCGUACCCACACCCACACCCACACCCACCAACAACACCAACACCACAACCAACAACUACAGCGGCAAUAAAUCAAACACCAAGAACGCAAACAACCAAAAGCUUCCGUUCCCUUCAACCACAGCUUUCUUGCCCACAAACUUCACAAUCUUAGCUCACCAUGCCUGGCACACACUCACUCUCGGGCUGGGAACCAAGAAAUCCAAAGUCCUUCUCUUCGUGUUCGAAACCGAAAGCAUGAAGGUUGCGGUAGACCGGGUUUGGCCGCCGGAGAUUCCGCUUGGCGAAGUGAACAAGAGGCUGAUCAGGGGCUUGACUGGGUGCGAGAUGGCUCGGUUCAAGUUUAGGAAAGGGUGUAUAACUUUCUAUGUAUAUGCGGUUCGGCAAAUUGGGAACUUGGGUUUCUCUUGUGCAGAUGAUCUAAGGACAAUCUUGCAGUCUGUGGUUGCUCUCAACGAUUUCUUGGACCACACUGCUAUGCUUGCCAUGCCAAACCAGAGAAGCAUUAGCUAUGCUCGUCCUGUAGCUAUGGCUCACUAGAAAUUUUAUUUUUUAUUUUUUAUUUUUUUAUCAUUAUGAUGGGGAAAUGGGAAUUGGUUUAUUAAUUUGUUG